CCCGUGCCCGUGCCCGUGCCCGUGUCCGUGCCCGUGCCGCCGCCUCCGCCGCCCCCCUGCCGCCAGAUCCGCGGGCAGGGCCUGAGCUGCGAGUACCGGCUGCUGUUCGGCCCCGCCGAGGCGGACGGCGUCCUGCGGCGGCUGGAGAGCGACGUGCGGUACCUGCCGGACGACCAGACCAAGCUGCACGUCUUCGGCAAAUGGCACAGCAUUCCCAGGAGGCAGGCAGUCUACGGAGACCCCGAGCUAACGUACACGUACUCGGGGGUCACCUUUUCUCCCGAGCCCUGGAUCCCAGUUCUCGAAUACAUCAGGGACCGCGUUGCCUCGGUCACGGGACACAACUUUAAUUUUGUCCUCAUUAACAGGUACAAAGACGGUCUGGACCACAUAGGUGAACACCGAGAUGACGAGAGAGAACUGGUCCCACGCAGCCCCAUCGCGUCUGUGUCCUUCGGAGCCUGCAGGGACUUUGUUUUUAGGCACUGUGAUUCCCGAGGGAAAAACGCAAGGCGCCGCAUCGAGCCCGUCACGCUGCAGCUAGCCCACGGCAGCCUGCUGAUGAUGAAGUACCCCACCAACGUGUACUGGUAUCACAGCCUGCCCGUCCGCAAGAGGGUGCUUAGUCCGAGAAUCAACCUGACGUUUCGGAAAGUGAUAGCUAUAGACAAGAAGUGAGAUACUCGGCGACCAAGCACCCGGUCUUUAGACUCUGAAAAUGAAGGUUUUCUUCCCCAGUGUGGCUGCCAGUUUCUGCCUCAAACAGUCUUUGACAAUCCAAAGCAUUAAGCCAGAAAAGUUGAUAGUAUACCUGGUAAUUCGCUAAUAAAUAGUGCAACUAUUGAUCUGCAGUACCAAGAAUACUUUGUCAGUACGCUGCUGCUGUAGUCCUGCUGACACACGUAUUUUUAAUGAGUAAUACCCUUGUUUUGGUCAGGAGGAAGUUUGUUCUCAUCUGAUCUUAAUCUGGCCGCUUGCUCAGAAAGAUCGAAAUACUCUGUAUCGUUGAGAUAGUGGUGAAAGUUUGUAAAUUCUAUAAAGUGCAAGGUGUGAUCAUUCAGAGUGAGCCUGUAAGCUGACAGUAUGCACUGCCUGACACUUUCUAAUAUGUUCUGUCAAUGAGUUACACUUUGCUUGUUUUUAAAAAUAAAAUACAAAUGAGACCAACAUGAAA